AUGGACGGUGCUGGAGAAUCACGAAUCGGCGGUGGUGGUGAUGGUUCUGUUGGAGUAGAGAACCCACAAACCCGGAACGUGUAUCUCAAGUUAGGUUACCAUUACAUAAUCUCAAAUCUCUUGACUUUGUGUUUACUCCCUCUCGUCGUUGUUAUCUCCGUGGAAGCAUCUCAGAUGAAUCAAGACGAUCUCCGCCAACUCUGGAACCAUGUCCAAUACAAUCUGGUUAGUAUAAUCAUCUGUUCGGCGAUUCUAGUCUCCGGCUUCACGGUCUAUGUCAUGAGCCGAGCCAGAGCCGUGUACAUGGUGGAUUUCUCGUGUUACCUCCCACCUGAUCACCUCAAAUGUCCUUCCACUGCAUUCAUGGCACAGUCUAGACUCGUCGGAUGUUUCGACGACUCUGCUCUCGAGUUUCAACGCAUGAUCUUCGAACGCUCUGGUUUAGGAGAAGAGACUUAUCUCCCUGAAGCAAUGAUUUGUGUUCCACCAAGAAUCUCAAUGGCUGCUGCUAGAGAAGAAGCUGAGCAAGUCAUGUUCGGGGCUUUAGAUAACCUUUUCGCAAACACAAACGUGGAUCCAAAGGAUGUUGGGAUCCUCGUAGUGAACUGUAGUAUCUUUUGCCCGACGCCUUCGUUAUCCGCAAUGAUUGUGAACAAGUACAAGCUUACAAGUAACAUCAGGAGCUUCAACCUCGGCGGAAUGGGUUGCAGCGCCGGAGUUAUCGGGGUGGAUCUUGCCAAAGACAUGUUGUUGCUGCAUAGGAACACUUACGCAGUUGUUGUCUCAGCAGAGAACAUUACUCUCAAUUGGUAUCUUGGUACCAACAAGUCCAUGCUGGUACCGAAUUGCUUGUUUCGAGUUGGUGGCGCUGCGGUUUUGCUAUCCAACAAGUCUGGGGACAAGAGACGGGCUAAGUACAGGCUUGUGCAUGUCGUCAGGACUCACCGUGGAGCGGACGACAAAGCUUUCCGUUGCGCUUAUCAACAGGAGGAUGACACCGGAAGAAAGGGGGUUUUCUUGUCGAAAGAUCUAAUGGCGUUUGCAGCGGAAACUCUCAAAACCAAUUUCACUACCUUGGGUCCUCUUGUUCUUCCCGUAAGUGAGCAGAUUCUCUUCUUUAUGAAAAAGCUUUUUAAUGGUAAGGUUGAACCGUAUAUUCCCGACUCCAAACAUGCUUUCGAGCAUUUCUGUAUCCAUGCUGGUGGAAGAGCUGUGAUCGAUGAGAUAGAAAAGAAUCUCCAGCUUUCUCCGGUUCAUGCGGAGCCUUCGAGGAUGACUCUUCAUAGAUUUGGGAACACGUCUUCGAGCUCCAUUUGGUACGAGUUGGCUUACAUUGAGGCCAAAGGAAGGAUGCGAAGAGGCAAUCGCGUUUGGCAAAUUGGGUUUGGGAGUGGAUUUAAAUGCAAUACCGCUGUUUGGGAAGCAUUAAGGAAUGUGAAGCCUUCGAACAACGGUCCUUGGGAAGAUUGUAUUGACAAGUACCCGGUGACGUUAAGUUACUAG